UCUCAAACAACUGCAGGUUCUGGUUCUCAAACCACUGUUGGUCCUGGUUCUCAAACUACCGCAGGUCCUGGUUCUCAUACAACUGCGGGUCCUGAGGUCAAAGAGUGCAUCAGCAGCCCAUGUGAUAACGGAGGGACGUGUAUUGAUAGAGUGGUUGGUUUUUAUUGUCAAUGUCAUCAAGCUUUCUUUGGCAGCACAUGUCAGCAUAUCAAUCCUUGCUUUUUCAAUCCAUGCGAAAACAACGCAAAAUGUGAGCCAAAUGUCAACCGUCCAGAGGAGUACAAUUGUGCCUGUCUGCCUGGUUACAUAGGAGAUCGAUGCGAACAAGACGCUUCCUUUAUGAACAACAUGUAUCCAUUCGGAACGGGUGCAGGGGAUGUGUUGAUGCAGGAGGACUUGACGUACAGCUAUAGAUGUCUGGAGCUUGGCAUGCCUGGACUAGGACUGGAAUUCUUAGGAAAAAGACAUGAAACAUUUUGGAUUUGCAGGAAUGGCAUGAUAGAGUUCAAUAGAGACUACACGCGUUAUUGGCCGCGCAAAUUCGGUCUCCGCUACUGGGAUCGUUUUCUGCCAACUAUAGCACCGUACUGGUCUUUAGUUGAACACCAACUCUUUGACUCAACAACAGUGUUUCAAUUCGAGGGGACUGUUAUUGAUGAAAUAAUGAACAACGGAAACAGACGUUUGGCUCAUUCAGGAAAGAGAUACAGCAUGCGUAUUGAUCCUAAGAGACAGUCCAAGGUAUAUUACCAACUGUACAGCAGAUGGAAUUACACCAACGCUGCUGCAGCUAUGUUGAACAAGUCUUCUGAUGACGUCAGAAAGUACACCAAAAACAGCUUGUACAACGAUUUUAGAGCUAGCUUUGUCGCUGUGGUAACGUGGGUCAAUGUUUAUCCUGAACGCUUACGAAACUUUCCGUACUUCGGAUUGAGCAAUACUUUCCAAACGGUCAUCAUUACGGAUGGAGUCUAUACAUUCACCAUAUUUAAUUAUCCCAGUGGAGGAAUACAGUGGGCCGCACCAGUAGAUAGCUCUCAGUCUUCUAGGGUUAACUAUUGGUAUCGUAAUUAUCGUUUGCCUGUGGCGGGAUGGAACUCUGGCACCGAUGACAAACACCGCUACUUCAACAUCAAGCAGUCUUCAACAUUGGUCAUGGCGCAGCUGAGUCGGUUGCCAGGAAACACCCAAGAAACCGGCCGAUGGUUCUUCCAAUUAGACAAGUCUAACAUGGUGCGGAAAGCAGAGAGAAAGUGCUACACCUGGUAUCUACAGCAACCUACAUCACCCGUUUCAUUUCUGCCACCAUGUCCAUGUUGGAGGCGCCAAGCAUUCUUCGACAGAAGAUUCAGGUACGACAGAACACUCCAUCGUGAAUUCUCUGUAUCAUCUCGUGGGGUGUGCUACAUAUCGAGAUGGAGAUUCCAAAGAAUGCCUUACAAUAUUAUUGACGAGAACACCAACUUGAGAAGACCUGUUGACAGAAGAUUGUCGGCACAGCGUUGCUGCUAUGGCACUGACGUUCUGGACUUCGGUUCCCUAUUAGAAGGCCCAGAGAGAGGUGGUCAUGAACGGCAGCAAUUUUCCCCUCCUAUUCAAGGUUUUCUGAGCGAUGAAGAAGCUUACAGCGCCUGUUGCGUGGAAUCCGAACUCUGUCGUCUUUUCUACGAAAAAAGACCUUCUGACGAUUGCAGAUCCUACCGUCCACCAAGAAGGAGAUGGUUCUGGGGUGAUCCUCACAUUGUCACAAUGGACAACAAGAACUACACUUUCAACGGUCUCGGCGAAUACAUCAUGGCUGAUGUUCAGAACGGGUUUUUCCAGCUGCAAGCCAGAACUGCAAAAGCAUUAGGAGACAUAGCAACGGUCUUUUCUGCAGCGGUUGCUCAGGAGCAGAGUACAAGUAAAAUUGAAGCUCGAUUGAAGAGUUCAGGAGAUGGUCUAGACUUUUUUAUCGAUGGGUCAGCCUUUGAUUACAGCAGCAUUACAAAUGGCUCAAUAGAUAUCGGGAAUUUGUCCAUCUCUCGCGACGAGAACGAUGGAGUAACAGCCACCUUCCCAUCAGGCAUCUCUGUCUCGUUCAGCCAAGUUAAAGGGA